AUGGCUAGAUCAAGCUUUCCCUGCAGACACAAGGCUGGAUCGGACACCUACGCACAUGACUUCGGCGAGGGAGCGAAGGUCCUUCGGCCUUACCAUUUGUCAUGGAGGUCGGACUUUGGCUUGUCGUCGCUGAUCGAGCCUGACGUCAUGGUGAUGCUGGCAGAGCUCAUCCUUGCGCAUGGACAACUCGUUCCUGGAGGGGAGGUAUGUGGCAUUGCCUCGGUUGGCCUGCGCGCUGCUCAGCAGACUCCGGGCGAUGUGCUGCCGCCUUUUUCCGUUGCCUAUGUGAAAGGCUGGAGGCGCUCUGUCACUUGCCUUGUCGUUGCUGAUGCGAUCAGAACGCUGAACAUUGAUGAUUCAGUGCUGCUGCCUCAGUACAAGGAUUCCAUGAGAUCUGUCUAUGCUACAGUUGGGCACUACUCCCAUGUGCAAGAUCAAGUGCUUGCUGCCCGAGGAAUCUCGAUCACUUCAACCCUGCGGCGUCCGCCGAACUGUUUCAACCUGUUGCGGCAACAUGAGGUUCUCAGCCGCGCCAAUGUGGCUGCUGAGGCAACAGCGGCUUCCAAGCUGCACGUUGAUGUGUGGGAGAGUGCAGCUGAAGUCGCGAGGGUAUUUCGUAUUGGCAAAAGUGAAGCUGGCGCAAUAUUGAAUUUGACCACGAAAGUGCAUCAAGACAUGGUGAUCAAGCUUCGCGAUGCAGUGCGCACACGAGGCAUGAAGGCUUUCCUCAACCAUGAAUGCAUUGCCCGUGACUUGUUCAACCUGACCUUCACUACGGGGACUGCAGGGCUAGAGCCGUGGGCUUCACAGCUUAUGAAUCGGGAGGACAAUGAGAUCGCACCAACCAUGCGAAAAGCUUGGACGUUCAAAGACGCUUCUUCUCUCCACGCAGCUUGCGGGGCUUUCCUACACUUUGUGCGGCUCUUGCAAAGCCAAGUGCCCCAAGCCGAUUUCCGACAGCGAGAAGCCAACCUCAGGCAACAGUUCGCAUUGGGAGUUUUCGACCCAGAUCUGCUGCAUGCCAUCGAGAGUUCUGUGCCCCCCUCCAGCCUGGACAGUGUGAGUUUCUUGAGGAGUUUGGCUGCUGAAAUCUCGCAGAGGCAUGCGCGGGAUGUUGAAGAGAAGAACAGGGAGCUUGCAGAGCGUGUGGCAGCUGCGACUAUGGACCAAAUCCGUGCCAAGCUGGAAGCUGACUUCGAGGAACUCAAGAAGCAUGUUCCAUCUGCAGAGAAAGAGGCGGUUGAAACGGCAUUGGACAUGAAGUACUUGCAAGAGCGUCAAAUGUUUGUGCUCGGUGAACCAACUUCAAUGCACACCACGCUGCGGGAGUUUGCGCAACACAGAAGUGAUAUGACUUUGGGUGAAGGCACACUGUACACCAUUGCAACAUUGGACGCAACUAUCUUCCCUUCGAACGCGCUACUGAUGAAGGGAGCGCUGGAAACGAUGAGCUGUUUGUUGAACAUCGGGGUGCAGAACAUUGCGCACAUCCAAUUGCCGAUCCCUCAGUCGAACACAACUCUGCAAGCAAUGACCAAGCACCGAAGAACGAUUGAGGAUUACCUGCUCUCACAGUCGUGUGGUUCACAAGCUGUAGGGUUGCACUUGACCAGACCCAAUGAUGCACAUGCAUCAGACAAACGCGGAUGCCUCCAAAGCUGUGUGGCUGUCUAUGUUGACUCAAAGACCUUUCCAUGGAGCCUACCCAUUCUGAUUGGACCAUUGGAGUUGAUCAGAGUCAGUGAUAUGCUUGGCUAUGAUGAGGUGAACCGCCCAGGUGUAACAGCCCGAGCAGAACAGAAAGGGAUCCCGGUGCACAUUGCAGUCAUCGAGGCUUACUUGAAGGGCUUGGAUUUGAAAGAAGAAGACAAGGUGAUUGUGUUUGACGUGCUUCCCAACAGGCACGCAGAGUUUGCACGGGCUAUUGUCAAGCGCAAGCUGAGUGGCAAGGUUCCUGAUGUUUCAUACUUUGGCGUCAUCAAGGACACUCAAAAGGAUGUUGUUUCAUCAAUUGAGGAGGACGUGUACAAUGCGUGGGACAGCAGCUCGGCAGCUCCGGCCAAAACACGUGUCAGAGAUGCAGCCGCAACCCCAACUUUGGACACUUUGAGCUGGGUGAACGGAUCUCCCAAAUUUCCUGAUGCUCUUAUUGCAAAGUUCCCGGAGGGAAGCCCGCAGUACAAAGAGAUUGUGAAGUUCAAGGAGCAGCUCAUAGGCAUGUUCCCGGAGACAGCAACCUCAUCCUCUACAGCAGUGACUGUCCGCGCAACUGGCUUGCCUGAUUUCUCGGGGGAGAAUGUGCUGGAUUUGGAGCGGGAAGUGUCACUUGAGACUUUCAGUGCUGAUGAAUUCAACCAGGAAGAGUUGGCAUCAUGUCCUGGAAGGGCUGGGAAGCCUUCGAUCAUGCUCACCAAAGACUACAAGCUGUUUUUGGGCAACAUCACUGAGGAAGAGAUGGUGUUGGCGUCAGGAGAGCUUUUCGGUUUCAACGUUGGGGCCUUCGAAAUCAAACUGAUCGCAGACAUGGAUUUAGUGGCGUACAAGAAAAAGGCAAUGCCAGUGUGCAUGGCUCUCUGCAAAAUCGCACGUGAACGUGGCCUGGGCGAGAUUGGCAUUUGGGCAGAUCCUGCUGGUGGAGCCGCCGGUGAAUCGACACCUGUGCCAUACCGGUAUGAUGUGGGUAUUGCAGAUCAAGGAAAAACCAAUUGCUUCAAACCGAACCCCUUGGCAAACAUGGAGGCAUCAAACCACAAGCCAGCAUCUUUUGGUGCCGUCUAUUUGGGGCAGAUGGGACGAGUGAUCAAGAAUAAGAAUGCCUCACUCUUGUGGGAAGAUUCUUGGACUUCAUAA